CAAAAACGCCGCCAGGGAAGACGCAGUGAUUCAAUGCAUAAGAAGUAGCCUCAGUUCGUUUGAUCAAAAGUAACUUUACCGAAAGGUGGAGGGUAUUUAAAACGUAAACAACAGCUGGCGAGUAAUCGAUAAUACCGGCCACCCAAUCGAUAUCGCCGUGUUACCUAAACAAAUAUGUCGAAGCUCUUGCCCAAAAUCCGUUCCUCUUCCAGCCUGAUCCUGCUGGCCAAGGACUCAGCAGCGAAAGCUAAAUCAUUCGACUACAAUGCCCUCCUUCUUACGCGAACGCAAAAAUCCAGUUUUAUGCCGGAGUCCUCGGUGUUUCCGGGCGGAGUUUGCGAUGCCACAGACAGUUCGCCCGCCUGGUUGGAUCACUUUCGCCGAAACGAAAUCAGUGCCGCCAAGUUGCAAGAUGUGGGUCAUGUGAAGGGACCACGGCCGGAGAUUUUUAAGAUCAAGUCGGAUAAGGAAGCGAUAGAUCCAUCUCUAGCGCUCCGUCUAACUGCCUUACGCGAGACUUUUGAGGAGUUGGGCAUCCUGCUGUGCAGGGACAGUAAAUCAUUGACCUCCACCAGCGGCUACGGUCGCUUCCAUGAGCAGUUCGAUCGCGUCCACUGGCAACACAUAGUCCACAACGAUGCCAGUCAGUUCCUGGAGCUUUGCAAGCAGCUGGAUGUAUUUCCAGACGUGUGGUCACUCCACGAAUGGUCCGCCUGGCGCACGCCGUCUACUUUCAAGAAACGGUUUGAGACGGCCUUCUUUAUGACCGCCCUGGAGCAGCAGCCCAGCGUACACAUAGAACCCAACGAGGUCAAGGAUUGUGCGUGGCGCUCCCCAUUGGAUUACCUUCAUGCGUGCCUGAGAGAGGAGCUUUGGUUGCCGCCUCCCCAAUUCUAUGAACUUUCGCGCAUCCUAAACUUCUCCUCUUUGGAAAGUUUGCGUCAAUUCGCCGCAGAGCGUGAGGUCAAAGGCCUUGGUCUGAUCCAUCCUGUGAUGUACAAAUGCAAAAAUGGAACUGUCCACCUCCUGCCAGGAGACGAAGCCUAUCCCGCCGAUCCAGAUGCUAGUAGCGAUAAAAUAGAGACCGGGUUGUCAGUCGAGGAAUUUCGUUCACAGGCCACUGACAAACUACAUCGGUCUGAGCACUGGAACCAGCAUCAGUCGCAGCUGCUCAUAAACUUUGACCGGGAUGAUGGUCAAGUACAUCCCUUAAACCCUUCCAAGCUAUAGAGGCGAAAACUGUUUCCUUGAUAAAAUGUGCAUUUAUUUGGUUUUAAUGUGUAGUCUGGCCAAAAUAUUAUAAUGUAGGUGAGAUUUAUUUUCUAUUUGGUUUUAUACGUAUUUCUACCUUCUUAAA